AAAUUUGCAGUUCUGCGGAUUGUCUACUGAAACACACCACAGGAAAGAGCCACUAUGAAGGUCUUCGUAGCAAUCACCCUCUUGUCGUUUGUCGCCUUUGCUUAUGCUGGCACGAAAGUGGACCUUCAGCUUGGCCCCUCGAGCUCAGGGUCAUUUGGAGUCCGCGCCACCGGAGGCCCAAGCGCAGGAGUUGGAGGUUUGGCUGGUGGUUCAUUUGGAUCCGGUGGAGCACUAGGAGGCUUGCCUGGGGGAGCCGUUGGCGUCUUGCCCAGUGGCGCUACCUCUGUUGCUGUCCGCCCUGGAUCUGUGGGACGUGGCGCUGGACUCUCCGGUGUCCGACCUGGCGUAGCUGGAUUCGUCCUUCCUGGUGGCGCCUUCCCUGGCGCAUGGUUCCCUGGUGCCUAUGUACCGGCGUACGGUCCAGCAUAUUACGGUUUUGGUGGCCUCGGUGACUACUACGGCUUGGGCUUAGCUGGCGUGCCUCUUUUUGGCGGAUAUGGAUACGGUCCUUACGGAGGAGUGUUCGGAAAUGCCGGAUACUGGGGUGGCUUUGCUCCUGUAUUUUCCGGAGGCUUUGCAGCUGGUGCCCUUCCGGGUGCUGCUGGGGCUGGGGCUUCAUCUGUUCGGGGUUCGUCCAGCAGUGGAAGUGCAAGCGCAAGCCUUGGUGCAGUAGGCCGUGGGGGAGCAAGCGUAGUAUCCGGUGUGAGCGGUGCUGGCCCACAAUUGCCCAAGCUUAAAUGAUGUCGCCAUCUUCAGGCCUACGACAGCAGAAAAGUGCAAACCUGUACUACGCCGGACAAUUGAAGAAUCUAACAAAAGCUUCAGUGCAAUGAAAACCGUUGAUCAGACUACAUUUCAAUUAGUAGAAAUCAAAUAAAACGUGUUUCGGAGGAUAUAAA